AUGCGACGUCUCAACACCGGCUGGUCCUUUGGACCGCCCCUUUGCCUCUUCCUCUCCACUCUCCUGUUCACCCUCACCGCUCACGCCAUCUCAAUCCGUGAGUCCGAUCUGAUCACUCUCGGCAAGCCCAUCCUCCCCACCUACUACAAGCCGGACACGGACGAAAUCUGUUUCCGCAACGGCAUUCGCUAUGUCAACUGCAGCCCGGACGAGGGACGUCUGGUCAAGCUCGACUCGAUCGACCGGUCGAACCUGCUCGAGCUGGUGCAGCGCAAACGUCUUUCCGCGGGCACCAUCCAAAAUCUCGUCUAUGUCAUGCUCGUCGACCUCGACCGUGAGCUCACUGUCUCGCACGACGAAGGCAAGGGAGGCAGCAUGAAGGACAUGGCGGAGAAAGAGUGGAACCGCGAGACGCUCAAAGGCAAAUCUUUGUCGGAGAAGCAGAGCGAUAUCGACCCGAGCAUCCUCGGUCCUGCAGCGGCGACCAAGCUCGGCGCCCCUUCGGUGACGGACGAGGAAGAGAGGUGCUACACUCACUGGCUCAAGACGAAGAACUUCGCGGAAGCAGACGUCGGUACUGUGCUCAACGAGCUGUACGUGCGACACGUGGCGAUCACGCAGGGCGACAAGAAGGUGUGGGAGAUGGUCAGUCCGACGGGAUGCUAUCAGAACCCCGGCACCAUGACCGCUGGUGAGCCGUCGCUGAGCGAGGCCGACAAGCUCAAGGAGUCGCUCAGCACGCUUCCUCUCCAGCAACGUUCGCUUAGCCCCGAACAGGACAAGGACGGUGAUGGCAUUCCUGACGACAUGAAGGUGUAUCACCCGACCUUCGGCACACACUUGAAGGACCCGUGGGCCGACAAGAGGCACAACGUAACCGAGAAGACGGGACACACGAGACGCUCUCUCAGCUCGCACGGUCGAGUUUCGGUCAAUCACGAGCACGGCAGGCGCUCGGCCAACCCGUUCACACCUUCGGACCUAGGUGCGGACUACACCAAGAACAUGCCCCGAGCCCCCGUCAGCGGCGCUGCCGGCUCCGGCUCUGUCCACACCGUCUCCUCUGCCAUCUCGACGCAGCCGCACGGCUUUGCCUCCUCUGUCACCGGUGGCGGCUCUGUUUCACCAAUCGUCCCGAAAGACAUUCAUGAGCUCACCUCCCUCCUCACCGACGCCCAACCCCGCGUCAUCCACCUGGACAAAGUCUACGACUACACCCGUUCGGAAGGCGUCUGCACCAACUGUGCCGGCUGCGCCACCGACUCCUUCCUCAAGUGCGGUGCUCGCGGUCAGCUCGCGAUCAACAACGGUCAGGGUUGGUGCAAGGACAAGCCCUCGCAUCCGGUUACGUACGACAAGGCGGGUGUCAAUCCUAUCCAGGUUGGCUCGUCCAAAACCGUCAUUGGUAUCACGCCCAACGCUGCGAUUCGGGGUAAAGGUCUUCGCAUUGCCCACAAGAAAAACGUCAUCCUGCACAACUUUCGCAUCUCGGACAUCAACGCUGCUGCCAUCUGGGGUGGCGAUGGCGUGAUCCUGUACGAUUCCGAUCUGGUGUGGAUCGACAAGUUGACGUUCGCCGACAUCGGUCGUCAGUUUAUCGUGACGGGCUACGAAUCCGCCGGUAGAGUCACCAUCAGCAAUUGCUUCUUCGACUGUCGCACGCAGUACUCUGCCACCUGCGAUGGGAGUCACUACUGGACCGUGCUGGGCUAUGGCAAGUCCGAUCGAGUCACGUUCAGCGGUAACCUGUUCAAGCAGUGUUCCGGUCGUUCACCAAGGAUCGCCAACCCGAUGAACGCCGGCGGCGACUCGGUGUGGCACGUUGUCAACACCCUUUUCGACACCUCUACCGGUCACUCAUUCGAUAUGGGUCCCGGCGUGAGCGUGCUCAUCGAAGGAAACGUGUUCAAGAACGUCGCCCAGACGAGCCUGCACGAGGCCACGCCAGGACGAGCCUUCGCGCCAAGUGACAAGGCCGUGUGUGGUCAAUGCAAGGGUCAGCUCGGAAGAGAUUGCCAGCCGAACGUGUAUGAGAAUGCGAAACCGGUACCGAGCACGGCGAGCGCUGGGCAGGUGCUGAAGGAUGUGGUGGGCGAGGGGUUGGGUGGGGCGCUGCCGACGGGCGAGGUGGCGGACAAGGUCGGGCUGGGUGGUAGUGCGGCUGGUGGCGGGUCUAACGGCGCUAAUGCUGCUACCGCCGGCGGAGGCGAUGGUGGCGCAAAGACGGGUGAUGACGCGGCUAAAAAGGCCACUUCUGACGCUAAAAAGAAGAAGAAGCAGCAGCAGAAAGCCCAGAACCUGCCCCAACAACAGUCCGUCAAUGAGCAGCAGCAGCAGCAAUGGCAGCAAAAGGCGGCCCAAGACCAGCAGAUCGAGGAGGAGAAGAAGCGCAAGCGCGAGCAGGAGGAGCAGAGGAGGAAGCAGGUGCAGGCGCAGAAACUGCAGCAGCAGCAGCACUAG